AUGGACUCAUCACUGCUGCUAGAAAAGCUCCCCGCGGAGAUCCUAGAUCAGAUCAUUGGGGCCAUCCGCAACAAGCAGGACCUCAGAUCGAUGCGCAAAACAUGUCGUGCGAUCAACAAUUUGGCCCAGCGGUGGAGAUACCACGACACAUACAUUGAUAUGGAGGGCUUUCUCCGCAGAUUGAAAUAUAAUGAUCUCAAGCGUUUUCGGGAGCACCUCAAAGAGAACGGUCAUCUCAUACGGGAAGUCUACGUGCGCGGAGAGAGAAUUGCUCCUGCGUGUGGUAUGCUGAAUACAUUCAAUGUUGCUCCAUUCCUGGAGAAACUUCCCAAUAUGCGAAAGCUGGAGAUCAGUGGCGGAUGCGGCUCGGAGUCUAUUGCAGAUACUAUUCAAGAAUACAUCAUGACGCGCAGCGACAAAAAAGAUCAUAUGUAUACCGUUCUCGAGCGAGCGAGUCUUCUCACACCACCACGAGAGAGGGCUCUUCAAAGCCUUCGUUCACUGACCCUCAACCUAAUCGUAGGUCUUAGCUCCGACUCUGGUUCUGACUGGCAUCUGGACGAGAUUGGUUUUGUCUUUCUAAUCGAGAACCUAGAAGACUUAACACUGAGCCGAGUAAAUCUCGGCCCAUCCGAUCCUGAAAUACCUCUUGAAGAACCACUGAACCUGGAACAGUUUCGAGGGAGAACAAAUCUCCGUCGUUUGACAAUCACGGAAUCCCAUAUCAACCUCGAGUGUCUGGAGAAGGUUCUCACUUUCCCGCGUGCUUUGACACAUCUCAAACUUGACCAUAGAAAACCUAUUCUUUCCGACUGGGAAGAUGAGCAACUCGAAGACUGGGAAAAAAAGCCAUACACACCCGAUGACCUCCACCGUGCGAUUGGACAACAGCGCUUCUCACUUGCGAGCCUAGAAAUCAAAGGUUGGGAUCUAGGGUAUUUGACCAAACUGGAGUCUCAUCUUUCCGAUUUUCCAACUCUAUGGGAAUACAUCGGGUGGAAAGAAGCUCCACUUGGAGAGCUCGCGGAGUUUCCUUUUCUGGGAGAAUAUUCUGGAUGGAAGCAAGAGCCUCCUGAAUUUAAACCGGACCGACGAGUCAGGGGUCAGCAGUUGGGGAUCAAACAGAAGCAAUACAGGGGCGGGAAAUUUUAUGGAAGCAUUUGA